UUUCAUUUCAAGCUUGACGUGUCCAUUCUACUUUCGUAUUUUCGGCGGCGUAAACCAACUGCUGUAACACUAAACCAUUUCGGUUUGUACUAAACCUUUUGUGGUCACGCUAAACCAUUUCAUUUUACGCCACGCGCGACCCAGCGCGAGAUCUAACACAUGCGGGAGAAAUGGCCGCAGCUCAAAUUUUCGGUGUGGGUGAAAACUGUAAACCAUCGUGGGGAGAUGCUGCAGCAGAUUAUGAUGAAGCAGACGAGCAUUUGGAAAUCAUGGGGAAACCUGUCAUGGAAAGAUGGGAAACCCCUUAUAUGCAUAAACUGGCUUCAAUAGCUGCGUCGAAAGGUGGACGGGUACUUGAGCUCGGCUUUGGAAUGGCGAUUUCAGCGACGAAAAUCCAGACUUUUCCCAUAGACGAGCAUGUUAUCGUUGAAUGCAAUGAUAACGUCUUUAAACGGCUGGAGAAAUUUGCCCAAGUAGCUGAAAGGAAAGUAACUGCGUUGAAAGGCUUGUGGGAAGAUGUUGUUCCUGCCUUACCCAAUGGUUCAUUUGAUGGCAUUAUGUAUGAUACAUACCCCUUGUCAGAAGAAACAUGGCACACACAUCAGUUUAAUUUUAUCAAAGACCAUGCCUUCAGACUUCUGAAGCCAGGUGGAGUUCUGACAUACUGCAACCUGACUUCAUGGGGUGAAUUGUUAAAGACAAAAUACAAUGAUAUCGAAAAGAUGUUUGAGGAGACACAAGUUCCAGAGUUACUCACAUGUGGGUUCCUUAGAGAACACAUAUCAACUGAAGUCAUAGAGGUUGAUGUGGCACCAGAUUGCCGCUACUAUAGCAACAGGGAAAUGAUUGCUCCCACAAUCAUUAAGAAGUGAAACUGGCUUAAAGUCUUUAGCUCAUUUCCAUGAAUUUUUUAGGGUGUACUUGACACAUUUUAUUAUGAACUGUAAAUCUAAUAUUUAUGCAAGUGAUAUGCAGCAUCCAUUUCAUUUCUAAUGAAUUUCUAGAGGAACAGAUUAUUGUCAGGGGAAGUUAUAAAUGUUUUUGUGGCUCUUGGUUGAUGUUACUACAACAAUAGGAAUAUUAUUGCUCCUAUUUUUGUUAAGUAUUAAAAUAAGGU